AUGGAUCUAUGGACCCUUCAGGUCAAGGACACGGCGAUCCGAAACCCGAUCUUCUCGUCGGCGAAAUCAACGAUCCCUGAGAAAUUGUUUGCAAGGAAACUCGGCGCCGUGGAGAUUAGGUUUCUCAAGCGUAAAGUCUCUGUUUCUGGGUAUCGUUCUUUGGUUGUUAGAGCCACGUCGAAGAAGAGUAACGACGAUUCUUCUUCUUCUGGAGGAGAUGCUUCUCAGGAGAACAAGCCUUCUCAUGGCAACAAAUCAGGUGACUCCACAACUCCGAAAUCGUUUGGUCUAAAUAAGGAUUGGAGAGAGUUCAGAGCAAACUUGUUUAUGAAGGAGAAGGAAGAAAAGGCAGAAGCCGAGGGUCACAAACCAGCAACAGCAUCUCAUGAAUCAGAACAAAUUGGGUUGAAAUGGGCACAUCCGAUUCCAUUUCCCGAGACAGGCUGCGUUCUAGUUGCUACAGAGAAGCUAGACGGUUACAGAACGUUUGCAAGAACAGUUGUGCUUCUUCUCAGAGCAGGAACCAAACACCCACAAGAAGGCCCGUUUGGAGUUGUCAUCAACCGUCCUCUUAACAAAACCAUCAAGCACAUGAAAUCAACCAAAACCGAGCUCGCUACCACGUUUUCAGAAUGUUCACUGUACUUUGGUGGCCCUCUUGAAGCAAGCAUGUUCCUUUUGAGAACCGGCGACAAGAACAAGAUACCGGGGUUUGAAGAAGUCAUGCCGGGACUCAACUUCGGUGCUCGAAACACCUUGGACGAAGCUGCGGUUCUUGUGAAGAAAGGAGUUCAUAAGCCACAGGACUUUAGAUUCUUUGUUGGUUACGCCGGUUGGCAGCUAGAUCAGCUCAGAGAAGAGAUUGAAUCUGAUUAUUGGCAUGUCGCUGCGUGUAGCUCGGAUUUGAUAUUUGGAGCUUCAUCGGAAAACUUGUGGGAGGAGAUUUUGCAGUUAAUGGGCGGUCAAUACUCAGAGCUUAGCCGUAAACCUAAGCUUGAUAUCUAG